AUGCCUGUUCGAAAGCAAGAUGCUUAUCGAGCUUUGGAAUUACUCGAAGAAUAUUAUAAUCGUCUUGAUUCACCAGAAGAUAAACCAUUAAGAAAUGCCAUUGACAGAGUUAUCAAAAUAUUCAAAACUCGACUGUUUCAAGCUCUUAUUGAUAUUCAAGAAUUCUACGAAUCGAUCCUUCUCGACGAGCAAAGCGAUCGAUUAGUUAAAGUCAAUGCAACGCUAGAUCUAGCUGAUCAAUGGGAAAGGCAGCCGAUGCUGAAGCAAGAUAUUCGAAAUGGCGCACCAUCAAACACGGAAUCAACAACAAUAGCGCCACUUGCAACCGAUAAUCCAUUAUUACAGUCGACGAUUAGUAAAGAGCCGAGUCCACGACAAGCAACAACAACGCCAUUCGCGCGGAUAACAGAUACAUUUGAGUCAUCAACGCGUCCAAAUACAACUACAGAUGAAUCUCCACAAUUCAAUUAUGACGAUCAUUGGAGAGAAAUUGAAGUUGACCUUCACCGAUCGCCUGGUGUCGGAUUAGGAUUUUCAGUAGCUGGAGGCGUAGAUACGCCAUGUAUUAACGAUUCGUCAGCAGUAGUGAUCACGCGGAUUACCGAAGGUGGUCUAGCCGAUCGUGAUCAUCGUUUACGACUUCAUGACAUCAUUUUACGUGUGAACGAUGUUGAUUUUACGAAUAUCGCACAUCAAUCAGCUGUUGAUUCGUUAAAAACAGCCGGAAAUGAUGUGUUUCUAACUGUUCGUCGUUUGGAACCGCCGGCGAUGGAAGAAAUCGAAUUAGAGAAACCACCAAGCGCUCAUUUAGGAUUUUCGAUUGCUGGUGGAAUUAGUAAUGAAUAUGUCAAAGGAGAUCAUGGAAUAUUCAUCACAAACAUCAUUCCGGGUGGAAUUGCUGAUAAGAACGGACGAUUGAAAAUUGGUGAUCGUUUAGUACAUGUGCAAUCAGCGAAAAACAACUACGAUUUGGAAUUUGUUGAGCAUCGACAUGCAGUGGAAUCUAUUCGUCGUGCUUGUGAUGACGGUCCAAAAAUAACGUUAAUCGUUGGUCAUCCAACAGAUUAUUUAUCUGAUGCUCAAAUUUUACCAGAUCAAACUAAUGGACAACUGCCACCGAAUCCAGAGCAAACAGAAGAAAAGACAGAUGAACGACGUGUUGUUCUUCGACGAGGACCAGUUGGCUUCGGUUUCCAUAUACUUGGUGGCGAGGGCGGACAAGAGAAAGGAAUUUACAUAUCGUUUAUACAAUCGGGCGGUGCAGCUGAUAAAUCAGGUGAAUUACGUAAAGGUGAUCGCAUAUUGUCUGUGAACAAUAUAAAUUUACGCGGAGCUUCCCACGAAGAAGCAGUAUCGGUGCUUAAAAGUUGUGGUGAAACAGCCAUUUUACAAGUCACUAAUAAAUACAACGUAGACUUUGCUCGAGUAGAAAGUCGUAACCAUGAACAGCGUAGCAAAAUGACCCGUGAAACCGCUGGUAGUACAAAUAGUUUGAAAACGUCGACGAAACGACAAUUUUUCGUCCGAGCGGAGUUUGACUACGAUCCAACUAGAGAUCCAAGCUUGCCGGGUGGACCCGGCUUAGCAUUUCACGUCGGUGACAUUCUUCAUGUUACAAACGCAGCUGAUGAUUCGUGGUGGCAAGCGAAGCGUGUUACAAAUGAACAGGGAGAAGAUGAAGCUGGUAUAAUUCCAUCAAAGUCCCGUGUUGAGAAAAAAGAACGUGCCCGACAAAAACGCGUCAAUUUCAAUCAACAACGUAGUCAUAGUCGAAGUAGUACACUUGAGCGUGAGAAAAAGAAAAAGAAAAAAUUUGGUUUAUUCAACAAAAGUGCCGAUAAAAAGGACACACAAUCAGGCGAAGAGUCAGAAAAUGAACCUGAAAACACCGAGCCUGUUCAAUCCUAUGAACUAAUCGUUCAACAUGAAAUUGAUUAUACAAGACCCGUUAUAAUCUUCGGGCCAUUCAAAGAAAUUCUCACUGAUAAAUUUCUGAAUGAUUCACCGGAUAAAUAUGCUAAUUGCGUUCCACAUACGAGUCGGCCGAAGCGUGAAAAAGAAGUCGAAGGUCGAGAAUACUAUUUUGUUUCGUCCCGUGAACAAAUGGAACGAGAUAUACAAAAUUACUUAUUCAUCGAAGCGGGAGAAUAUGGAGGAAACUUAUACGGCACAAGUGUUCAAGCUGUUCGAGAAGUCGCAAAUAGUCAAAAACAUUGUAUUUUGGAUGUCAGUGGCUAUGCAAUUCGGCGGUUAAUCGCGGCUGGUCUCUAUCCAAUCGUAAUAUAUGUCAAACCACGUGAUGUUAAAUGGAUUAUGGAUAACGCGGACGGUGAAGUAAACGAAGAACAUGCCCAGCAGCUUUUUGAGAAAGUAACUAAGAUUGAAAAGUCGUUCGGUGAUCUAUUCACAGCUACAAUUGAAGAAGAAACCCUAGUUGAUGUUUACGAUCGUAUGUGCGAAAUAAUUGCUCAUGAAGAGACAGUUACUCACUCAAUCGAGUAUACAUACGUUGAGAGUGAAGACAUAUUUGUCUCUGCCUUUUGCAUCUUCAUUCCGACAAAGUUAACUUCACUAUCGACUAAUUGGCUUUAUACUUUUUUGGCUGAUGACUUCGUCCAUAUGCUACUGUCGCUAUCUCUUCUUUGA